AGAAAAACUGAUAUGUCAUCAGAUGAGAUAUCAAAACUAACAAAUGAACUUGGAAAGAUUGCCUUGCUUGGUCUUCUUGCUCCAGAACAACAGCUUGCUUUUCCUGAGCAAGUGUUUGAACGAAAUGUGCUUGAAUCUGCCAUAAAAGCAGGUAUUCUUACAAGACAAAAGGUCUUGAAGGGAAUGAAAAGUCACAACAGCAUUCAGUUCCUUCAUAAGACUUUUCAAGAGUGUUGUGCUGGUAAAUACUUACAAAGCUUGAUACAAACAGACCCGGUGGAAUUCCAAAAGAACCUGGAUAAAAUGAUCAAUUCUAGAAGUAAUGACUUUGAAUAUGUUUUGCGGUUUUGUGCUGGUGACAACAUGACAUGUACAAAUAGCAUUUUACAAACACUUGCUAAAGUAGAAGACACGAUGGAGAUCGGCCUUGACUGCUACUUUGAGGGUCAGUCAAAAGAUUUACCCCCAUUGGAGUUCAUGAAGUCUGUUCUAACAGAUCAGAUAGACAUUGUGCGUUGGAACAGGGACACUCUUAACUCAUUCACAUACUUUCUUAGAAAUGUUCAUACAAGCACAGUGGAAAACAAACUAACUGAUUAUCUUGACAAUGUACAGUCAGUACAGUUACUUGGUUGUGACUUGGGUGGUUGUAUGUCAGAUUUGGUAGACUCUAUGAGCUUAAUGACAAAUCUUUCAAAGAUGGAAUUGACUGGGUGCACAUUGAAUGAGAGUACUGAAGAAUAUUCUGCAUUAUCAGGAGCAGCCUCAUCUGCUGAAGAUAUGACACAUAUUGCUCCUGCACUGUGUGAUCUGCCCAAUUUGGUUGAGUUGCUUCUUGUGGGAAAUGAUUCCCUUGGAGGUUCUGCUGCAUCAUGGGCCCAUCACUUCAAGAAGAUGAAGAACCUUAAGAAGCUUGUCUUGAUUGGCUGCUCAUUGACAGGUGAAGAUAUGACACAUAUUGCUCCUGCACUGUGUGAUCUGCCCAAUUUGGUUGAGUUGGAUCUUGUGGGAAAUGGAUCCCUUGGAGGUUCUGCUGCAUUAUGGGCCCAUCACUUCAAGAAGAUGAAGAACCUUAAGCAGCUUGUCUUGCAUGGCUGCUCAUUGGCAGGUGAAGAUAUGACACAUAUUGCUCCUGCACUGUGUGAUCUGCCCAAUUUGGUUGAGUUGCUUCUUGUGGGAAAUGGAUCCCUUGGAGGUUCUGCUGCAUCAUGGGCCCAUCACUUCAAGAAGAUGAAGAACCUUAAGCAGCUUGUCUUGUAUGGCUGCUCAUUGACAGGUGAAGAUAUGACACAUAUUGCUCCUGCACUGUGUGAUCUGCCCAACUUGGUUAAGUUGGAUCUUUUGAUAAAUGGAUCCCUUGGUGGUUCUGCUGCAUCAUGGACCCAUCACCUCAAGAAGAUGGAACACAUUCAGAGUCUUUUCUUGAGUGGCUGUUCAUUGAGGGGUGAAGCUAUGAAACAUAUUGCUCCUGCACUGUAUGGAGAUAUGACACAUAUUGCUCCUGCACUGUGUGAUCUGCCCAACUUGGUUCAGUUGGAUCUUUGA